CCUCCUCCUCCUCCUCCUACACUGGACUAACUUGGACUCACUUUGUCUACAACUUUUUGCCUUGAGCAGACAUGAACUCUUAACACGAAGCAGAGAACAUAAGUUGCUGUUUCGUAGGCUAAAACUGUAAAGAGAAAGCGGUUUGGGAACCUCUGCAGGUUUUUUUUUCUUUUCACUUUGGUUGUUCCAGCAUUUCUCUUUGUUGCAGAAACAGAUGCUUCUUCCUGUUCACGUGAGAGUGAAACAUUCCCUCUGUAGUGCUAUGCUGGAUGUUUAUGCAGGCCUCCAACAGUUCAGUGCUAAAUUAAUAAGGAAAAGAUUUUGCUCCAAUCCCUGAGUUUUUCUGAUUUUUUUUCUUGUGUUUCUGCUCAGUGAGUGGCUCGUUUUUCAUUCACUACAGCGAUCUGCACAGCGUCUUCAGAUGAUAUUUGACCAUGUUUUCUAACACAGAAGUGUCAAAGUACAUGAACUACAAAUAGACUUUCCUCUCAGGAGCCUGUGAAGAGUGUGUGCGUCGUUCCACAGUAAAAAAUUCAAGUUAUGAUGUAAAAUGUUGCAAAAAUAUAGCGUGUAACUGUUCAUAAUAAGAGUAAAGGAGUAUAUUAGUUCAAAUAAAAGACUGCCGUCAGUUUUUACACCAGACAGUGAGUAAGAUAAUCGUUCAAUCACCCCCCACCCUCCCUCCCCCUCGUCAUGUCCUGUGAUUCAGACCUGUACAUCUUCUCCACCGACACUCUGCCCAGUGACCUCCGCUUCCUCCCCCCGCUGGCCAACGGGCUCCUGGGCUGGAGGGUGUACAACGGCAUCAUGCACAUGGGCGGCGUGUACAACGGGGAGGGUGGGCGCUGUCACCGAGCAGAUGUCCCCUGUCCUCUGGCUGUUAAAGUUGAGUUAGAGGAACCUGCCCAACACAGCUACAGUCUGGACACGCACACAGGUGUUUUUACACACACUCUGAGCUCAGCCGGAGUAACUGCCUCCCAGUCUUUGUAUUCACAUCGAUACUACCCCAACCUGAUGGUGAUGGAGGUUUUGUUGGUGCGGCAGGUGGCAUCAAAGGACCCCAUUACUGUAAAACUGGUCACUUCAUUCACGCCUCAGAGUAAAGACAUUGUUUUUGAGUCUCGUCCUGAUUACAAAGGAGGCAGGCACAUCCAAGGACAGACGAAUACAGCUGAGUACCCCGGCGGCUCCUGCCCCACAGUUCACCUCAUCUGGACCCCUGUACCUUCGACCCUGACGCUGCUCCCAGAGCAGAGCCAGGCUCGCUGGGGCUUCAUCCUGAUCGUGGCCAACAGCUCAGAUUCCGCUGAGGCCAGUUUCGACGAGGGCCUGAACUUGAUGGCAACCGGUAACCUGCGUCCAUCUCACGAGAAGGCCUGGAAAGAGCUGUGGCUGCAGAGCAAGGUGGAGGUGGCCGGGUCGGAGAGCCUCUGCAAGGCUCUGAUCGGCUGCAUGUUCUACCUCCUCAGCGCCUUCCCCUCCAUACAUGACACCUCCAGCUCUUUUGGUGGAGUAAGUCCAGGUGGGCUGUCUAAUGGAGGGGAUGGUCAGGACUACUGGGGCCAUGUUUUCUGGGACCAGGACAUCUGGAUGUAUCCUGGAAUCGCCCUUUUCUAUCCCAAGUUAGCUCGAGCUGUGCUGGAGUACAGGGUGGGGACUAUAGACGGAGCAAAAGACAACGCCCAGAAGCAAGGCUACAAGGGACUGAAGUUCCCAUGGGAGAGUGCUGUGUCAGGGAGGGAGGUGUGUCCAGAGGACAUUUACGGACAACAAGAGAUCCACAUCAACGGAGACGUCACUCUGGCCUUCCAACACUAUCUCUACCUCAGUGAGGAUCUGUCCGUAUUCAGAGAGGGACGGGGCAGCGAGGUGAUAUAUGGUGUGGCUGAUUACUGGGUUUCUAGAGCAACAUGGAACCCUGAGGACCAGAAAUAUCACCUCCUGGGUGUCAUGCCACCCGAUGAGUAUUAUUACAAUGUCAACAACUCAGUGUACACAAACACAGUGGCCAAAUUCAGUCUUCAGUUUGCUGUAGAGUUGGCCAAUCUCCUCCAACAUCCUGUGCAGAAGGAAUGGCAGGAAGUGGCCGAACACCUCAAGAUACCUUUUGACCAGGAAUCCCAGUAUCAUCCUGAGUAUGACGGCUAUAUUAAAGGUCAUCCAGUGAAGCAGGCAGACACAGUGAUGCUGGGUUAUCCUCUUGGAUUGUCAAUGACUCCAGAGAUCAGAAGGAAUGAUCUAGAGGCAUACGAGCCUGUAACAGACCCUCAUGGUCCGGCAAUGACGUGGGGUAUGUUUGCCAUUGGCUGGCUGGAGCUGGGGGAGGCUGAGAGAGCUCAGCGUUUACUCGAGAAGUGCUUCAGCAACAUCCAGGGCCCGUUCCAGGUGUGGAGUGAAUCAUCAGAUGGCUCUGGUGCAGUCAACUUUCUCACGGGUAUGGGAGGAUUCCUGCAAGCUGUGCUGUUUGGUUACACUGGCUUCAGAGUGGAGAAGGAAUGCCUGGCCUUUUCCCCGCUUCUUCCCAACAACAUUUCUGAGCUCUGCAUCCGUGGUGUGAAUUAUCUGGGCAGUCAGAUGGACUGGCUGCUGAGGAAAGAUGAAGUCUGUAUCAUACUGAGGGAACAGGGAAGAAGAGAUGCAAACAUUAAGCCCCGUGAUCUACAGGUUGUCCUGAAAACAUCAGGAACUAAAAUCCCUCUCAUACCAGGGCACCCAGUAACUUUUCCUCGAGGGCCGGGGUGUGUUUGUAAACUGACUCCGACGUCUUCCUGCUGGCCCAUCUGAAACAGGAUCCAUGACCCUCCUUAUAAUUCAAUUUACUCAUGAUAUGUUGAGCAAGUUAUUUCAUAUCUUCGCUGCUGUUAUGUUGUAUGCUGACACUGACCUGACCAUGGACAAAAUGUAUGGAAUUCAGUUAAAAAGAGCAACAUGAUUUGUGACAGUUUGGCUAGAUUCAAAUUUACAAAACAAUGGUCUACGAUCAUUUCUUGUGAUUUAUUUACAUAUUACAAAAAGAUACUUAGUUCUGUAAUAUACCAUGUUACAAAACUGUAAAUCAAUUAUACUGUAUUGUAAAUGGAAUUCAAAUAAAUCUCUUUACUCUCGGUGCAAA